AAACUCAUAAAGAAAAUACUCAAUUACAAACUGAUCUUUCAAAUUUACAAUUUCAAUAUUUAGAUCAAGAAAAUAAUAAUUUAUCUUUAUUAGAUAAUUUUGAAAUUCUUGAAAAUUCAGAAAAUAAUCUUUUGAAUAAUGAAAUUUGGACUGAAGAUGAACUUUCUAUAUUUAAAGCAUUAUAUUAUAAAACAAAAGAUACUUUAGAAAAACAAGAUAAUGAUAAUCAAAAAUUAGAUGAAGAGAUUGAUUUAUUACAAAAUAAUGAAUUUAAAAAAUCUUAUGAUAAAGGAUGUUGUGAAAAAAAUUGUUUACAAACUCAGU